ACUGCAACGCUCGCAAGAAUCAUCUGUCUUUGUUUAACUUUUGGUGAACAACAAGGAUAAAAUGAUACCGUGAGCGUUGCGGUCGUUAAGUGGAACGCGCCCAAUGAUGAUAAUCUAUAUUCUAUUUUUUCAAAUUUUCAAUAUCCAGAAGAACACUGAUAAGAAGCUAAUUAAAAUUUGUCUGCAAAGUGCAAAUAUUUUGUAUUGAUAUUAUGAUAUAACGAAUAACAAAGAUGAUUAAUUCGGAAAAUAUUGCUUUCACGAACAACGCUACUUUGAAAAAUGCUACUUCGAAGUCUCUUUUCGCAUAUGGAUAUAAAAGCGUAGAAUUAAAGAUUAUAAAAGAUACAAUAAGUAUGUAUCAGAAUAGUUUUGUGGAAAAGGAAAAAGUAUUAAAAGAAGAAAAACAAAAACUGGAGGAAUUAAAUUAUCAAGUGUGGUCAGUAGAAGAUUCAUAUUGCGAACAAAUAUGGCAAUUCUCUCACAAACAUAAUUUCUCUGAUAUCUUCAAAUAUUACCCCUUCGUUAUAAAAACUGAUCAUUGCGUAAAGCAAAGAAACAAUGAUGAAGACGAUGUCGAAAAGAGCUCGGAAUUGACUGAUCUUAUAAACGAAAUUGAUACCAUCAGAGCGGAAAUAUUUAGCUUAAAUCGUGAGAAAAAUGUCAAACAAGAAAUGGAAAGUAUCUUGAUGAACUUACGAAAGUUACAAUUAAUUGCUGAUGAGACUACAGAAUUAAUAAAACUGAUAAGUCCUUUAGAAUCUUCAUGCAAACUUGCGACGAUAUCAAUACCAAUAUAUGACGAAAUAAUUUUUGAUAGUGUAAAUAAAAUCAAACGACAUACAAAUGAUACAAAUCGCGGAAGUAUAUAUUCAAUAAACAAGAAAACAUGUAGCAAUCAAAAGGAAAAGUUACCAGUAAAAAUUAAAUCGUGCCUGAAAAAUAACAUAUCGAAUUUUACGCCUACUAAAAAAAUAAUUGUGUCUCCUAAAAUAUAUCCUCAAUUAUCUCUUGAGAGAAGUAUCGUGCAUACUGCGAAAACAACAAUGACGAAGAUAUCUACAGAAUUCACAUACAGCAAGAAACAUAAAAAUUUUACUCCAAAGAAACGCAGUGAGAUUUCUAUCAAAUUUGAACAGCAUCGUCAACAUGUAAUUGAUAAUUAUUAGUUAUAUAUUUUUCAUAUACAUAAAUGCAAAUAUUAAAAAUAAUUAAGUUUUUCAUUAUGAAUUAUAUAGAUCCAUUAAUUAAGCAACAAUAUAAAAUAUAUGAUUUUUAACUACUACUUUGAAUAUCAUGUUUUACAUUAUAUAAGAAUAAUUUUAAUAGUAAUUGAAACAUUUUACCAAAAGUUAAAAGGAGAUCGUGCAAGAAAAAGCAAAGAAAUGUGAAUUUCGGGAAAAUAUUUCAUAAUAUAUUUGUAUAUUUAGAAAUAUUUAUACAGCGUCUCGUAUAAUUACGUAAUGUACACUGAAUUACAUUUAAUAUUACAUUCUUGGAAUUAUUUUACACAUAACACAAUAUUUGUGUGUUGCUCAAUAUACUAUUCAAUAAGUGUUUAAUUAUCUCAGAAUAGCGUAUUGUGCGUUUGCAAUUGUGUUACGUAAAUUUAUCGCUUGCAAACCACGGGGACUAUGUGCCGUCUACCGAUUUGUGUAUUUUGCUUUACUUUUUUUUUAAACUGUUUAACAGUUUAUCACAACGGAUUGUAUUAUAUCACCAAUUUUGUAGCAACUUACAUGUGAAUGGCUCCAUGGAUUUUCCACACGUGAAGACUUUCAUUACAAUAUCUAGUGACUAAUUUGUUAAACGAUCGCCACGUCAUGUCAUUUAGAUAAUCCUGUAACAUUUAUCUAAUUAACAAAAAUAAUUCUUUCAAAUUGCAGCCUUCGUAUGUAAGAUAUAAUCGUAUCUCUGUUACAACUAAUUUUCCAGAGUUCACCAUUAAUCCUUCGUUAAAUUAAAAAUGCAAUCCAAGAUUUUAAAAAUCUUCGUUAAAUUAAAAAUGCAAUCCAAGAUUUUAAAAACCUGGAUAUUCUCUUUCUUUAAACUUAUUUAUUUUGAUUUCUUUAAUUUUAAUGUAUUAAUAUCGUGUAAUUUUUAGCAUCUUAUCUUGCAAAACAAUAAACGAAUUUAAUAAUCAAAAUAUUUAAAAUAAUAAAAUUGCAAAAGUAUUAAUAUAAAAUCCUUGACAUUCUAAAUAACAUAUAAAAUACGAGCGCAUGGAUAUAGUUAAAAAAAGAAAUGUUAUAUAUAGAUGUAUAAAACUUUAUACUAGUACUAAAAUCCUGACUUCUACAAAAUAUAAUGCACAUAAUGCAUAUUGUUCCUUAUAUAUAACAAUAGGUAAAUUAUAUAUAUAUAUGAUACCUCUUUAAAAUAAAUCUCUCUCUCUUUUCUAAUACCGAUAAACCGCUGACGUUUUUCGACGUCGAUAAGACGUAUUUUACUAUUAAUAGUUUCUGUAAGUGGGAGCCCAUGGCGACCGUUACGCUGCAACCUUUAUCCUAUAUAAUACAAUGAAAGGAAUUUUCACUUUCAGAUUAAAAAUAUUCGACAUAUUCAUUAAUCAGCAAGAACCUUUGCAACGUACUUCUGUUCUUUGCAACGUACGUUGUGUACAUUGUUAAAUUUCACUAAUUAAUUUUUACAAUUUAUUCUUCUCGACAUGUUCUUAUUCGUAACAGAUUAUAAAGUAAUAAUCUAUGAAAACGAUACAAAAACGAGAAUGCUUACCAAUUAUUUUUAACUAAAAGUCCAACGUUAAAAUCACCAAUAUAAUCGUAUUUACAAUCCAACAGAGAAAAUUUGUAAGUUAAUUUAUUUUACACGCGAUGUUAUGUGCAAUUACGACAAUUCCUCAGUGACAAAGAUUCUUACCGACUUUAAAACAGGAAGCCAAAGAGACAAAUUUCACAUAAUAUUUGCAAGGUGAGAGUAUACACGGUGUACACUCUGCUAUCUCUGUAAAACAUAGAUACAUAUUGACGUAGACACAAAUAGAUAUAUAGAAAGUAUACAUAUACUCAUAUUGAAGCGAGAUUCGCAACGUAUUACACAUUAAACCUUAGUACAAGGAGAAAAAAAUAUUAUAUAAUUUGAAUUGGAAUCGAUUGGAGAAUUUGCUAAGUUCCAUUUUCUAAUUUAAAUCCAAAUGUUUUUGUCCACGCGAUUUACAAUUCGUGCAGAAUAACAAAUAGAUAAUACAAAGAGAAUAUAUAGAUAGCAUAAUUAAUAAAUUGUGUGACACGUUUAAUGUGUAACAAUAGAAUUAUACUAAACCAUAAAUUACAACAGCAUUAUCAAACACUUUGUAAUAUUAGAGAUCGAAGAAAAAUUAGGGGAUGACAUUUAUAAUUGCAAAAUUGAUUAUCAGACAAUAUCGAAGAAAAUAUAUGCGUAGUUACAAUUGCUGCAUAAUGAAAGAUAGGAACAUAAGAUCCUCGUCAUAAAUAAAAACGUAAAAAAAAUGCUAGUAUGAUUGAAACAAUUUUAGCAUUCGAAUAAAGAUUUUAUCGCCACGAUAGUUGUAGUUUUUUAACAAGAUACAUCUAUCAUUUAUAAGAUAAUAGAUUACUCUGAUACGAAGAAGCCUCUUUUUUUUCGCGGAACUAACAACCUCAACUGUGGUAUCGACUUUUACAAUACCAGACAUUAGUAAAUUAUUAGAACGCAUUAAUAAUUAAUAUGUCAGUGCGAUUACUGAACAAUCUAGCAUUUGCAAACAGUGCAAAGCGACAUACGUAAUAACCCGUUUCAAAAUUUCACAGAUCACUUUGGAGAACAUAUUCUUUCUAUUAGAAGAAAGUAUUAGAGAAAUCUGACAAUUCUGGAUUUAUAAUUAAACAUGUAUUCGAAAGUAAUUAUUAUGACACAGAAUUCAAAAAUUACUACAUAGAAUACAAUUAUACUCACAUAUUUAACGUUAAAUGAGAUUGUCUGAUUCUGAGAAUAAGCAGUAAUUUAUAUAUAUAGUUAUAGUUAUAGUUUUCAUUAAAUUAUUAUCUUACUAUCCAUAGAAAAAUCAGAAUCUGAAUCAUCGAAAUCUAAACCUUUGCAAUAUUUGUUAUAUCUUAAUUGAAUUAAUUUAAUUAAAUUAGACAGUAACACAUCAUGUUAAAUGCGCAAUAAUAACAUAGAGACACAAUAUUUAAGUAAGUCACAAGACGUUGAAAACGAUAAGAACAAAUCAGCUAAUUGCAUUCGCAAAUUAUAUGAUACAGCAUAAUACAUAUGUAUGUGUAUGUGUGUAUGUAUAUAUGACUACACUAUUUAACAUAUAUAGAGAUAUACAGUCUAAUAACAUAUACACAAGCAGAAGGCUAUUAAGAAUGAAAAAAUGGAUAAGACACAAAGAUCCUAAAAAAAAAAAAAAAGUUAAAA